GUCUCUUUUCAUUUAAAAGCAUUAAAUAAAACUCUUAAUACACUCCACCGAACUUUCACUAAUUAUAUACUACUAGUUUAUAGUAUAACAAAAAAUCAUUUAUAGUAUAAGUUUUUAUAUUAAAAAAUCAUCGAUAAAAAGAAGAACACUCCUCCUUUGAACGUGCUUCUUCUUAUUUCUUUCCCACUCCUCUUUGGCUCUCUCUCAUCUUCUUCUUCCUCUUUUACCUUUUUUGUGCAUAUUAUUCUCACACACAAAACUAAGUUUCUAAAUCCGAUCUCUUACAAUGGAAACAAACCAGUUACACACUUUGUCUACACUUGUUGUUGUUGUUGUUAUGCUGCUAGUGUCAGUAACACCGACAGUGACAUCUAAAGACGAGGUUGUUUCUUGUACAAUGUGCUCUUCAUGCGACAAUCCUUGUAGUCCAGUCCAAUCAACUCCUCCUCCGCCUUCUCCUCCACCACCGUCAACUCCCACAACCGCCGCAUGUCCUCCGCCUCCUUCUCCUCCUAGUCCUAGCUCCGGCGGCAGUAGCGGUGGCGGUAGCUCGUACUAUUACCCUCCUCCUUCUUCUGGCGGCAAAUACCCUCCACCGUACGGUGACGGUGGUCAAGGCUAUUACUAUCCUCCGCCUUACUCAGGAAACUACCCUACGCCGCCUCCACCGAACCCGAUCGUCCCUUACUUCCCGUUUUACUAUCAUACUCCACCACCAGGUUCAGGCUCAGAUCGGUUUACGAGUUCUUGUUCUAUUAUUUUUGCUCUUUUCGCUGUCUUCCUCUGUUUAGUGUGACGGAUAAAUAUAUUCGCCGGAAAAUUAAGAAGAAAACAUCGGAAAAAUGUGGCAAGAUCGGUAGAUCUACAAAAAUGUUUAGAUAUAUCUUUUGAUCAUGGAAAACCAAAUGAUGUUGGAUCAAAUCAUUAUCUUUUUACUUUUCUUCGAUCUGUUUUUAACUUUUUCUCUUCUUUCUUUUGUUGUUGACAAUUUGUAUUUAAUUGUUCUUGAUAAUAUUAACAUAUUCAGAAUUCAGAAAUAAAUAAUUGUUUACUUUUUAUA